CAUUAACAACAUAUGAAGUUUUGGGAUUUGCUCUUGAAGAAUAUUAACAGCUAUUCAGAUCAAUAUACAUAUAACUAAGUGUGUCAAUCCCAUUGUAACUAUUUUUAGACAGAAAUCGCAAUCACGUGACACUAAACCAAUGUCCAAAACAGCUCAGUUUGUUUACAUGUGCAAUUUCCGGGUGAGUUUUAUUGACCUGUAAAUUAAUAGGUGAAGACUUAUGAUGCAGGAAACCUUCCAUAUGAUGAAAUCUCGAGGAGCUCUUUUUAUUUCCAUUGUCAUAAUCAAAAAGUAAAACAUCUAUUUUGAGUCACCAUGCCACUUUUAUUGGGAAAAAACACUUAGAUGUGAAGUGCCGGGUAUUUGUUGCUCAACACUGUAGUACACUUUUUAUAACGCAAAUCUGCUUCACUGAUAGGGGAGCACUCAAACAGAAACAUUAUGGCAGCCAUAUCUUCCAAAUAUUCGUUUGGAUCUGCUCAGGAACACAUCCCAACAUGUGAAAAACACGAUUUAAGAAUAGACAUGACAUGUGAGGACUGUGAUGAGUUUAUUUGCUCAGAGUGUGCCAAAACAGACCACAAGGAUCACGACUGGAAAACUAUACCCACAGCAGGAAGUCUAAGAAGGAGAGAGUUAAAAAAGACUCUGAAUAAAAUUAAGGAGGAAGAUGUGAAAAAGAUGGAAAAGAAGAUACAGAAGGCAACCAAACUAAUGGAGAACAACCAGCAAUGUUGUGAUUCUGAGGUCUCUAAAUUUCAGAAACAUUAUGAAGCGAUUGUGUCAAAACUUGCUCAAAUCAAGAAAAACCUUGAGACUAAUUUGAAGAAAAAUCUGGAACAAAAAAAUGCUGAAGUGAUUGAGAAGAAAUUAGACCUAGAAAAGAAAACCAAACAAGUAAUGGAUCUAGUUAAAUUCCUGGAGGAAAAACAUGGUACGAUGUCUGACUAUAAUUUGAUAGAAAACCUCAGAGACUUGACAAGCCUUGUGUCUAACACAGACAUUGAUAUAGAGAAGGGGGACCAUUCAGUGAGAUACAGGAGAGGGGACAUCAGUGAAGGGUUACUUGAAUCUAUGAUGGGACAAACAUUAAAUUUGGAUGAAAUCACUGUUAAUGAGACACAUUCAUUUCAAUAUGGAGAUCAACCUAUAGUUGCUAUGGAGGCAAUCAAUGAAGAUACAUGUUUUGUGAGUGAUAACAAAUCAGGUAACAUUCAACAAGUUAAUAGAAGGAGUGAGAAUGGAAUGAAAAUUAAUAUAAAUGCAACUAAUGUGUGUAAAACAGACAAUGGUGAUGUGUAUGCCACUGAUUAUGAGAACAGAUCCAUUGUCCGUCUGUCCCCGUCAGGCUCAGUCUCUAGAGUAUUUAGUACAGAUCCACUGGAACCAGUGGGAAUCCAUCAAUCCACAGAAGGAGGACUGCUGGUCACGUUGUGUGAUCCUGAGUCAGAACGAUAUCAACCAGACUCACACAGCAGACGUCUGGUCAGACACAUGACACUGACCUGUGACGUCAUCCGUGAGUACGAGUACCAGGAGGACGGUCAGACCAGGCUGUUUACUGUACCAAGGAGGGUCAGACAGAACGGUAACACUGAUAUAUGUGUAGUAAACAGGACAAGUAGAUCUACCGGUGAACUGGUGAUUCUAUUCUUCUCUGGAUCUCUGAAGUCUGUCUACCGUGGACAGAAAUGGAUGGAGAAAUUUAAUCCAACUGAUGUAGUGUGUGAUAAACACUGCAACAUCAUUGUGAAUGACUUGUCUAUAAACAGUGAGAUACACCUCCUGAGUCCUGAUGGGGAGUUCAUGAAGUACCUACUGACAGAGAAUGAAGUAACACAUCCAUGGUCCAUGUCUCUGUAUAAAUCUUCCAUUCUGUGGGUAGGUGACGAUGAUGGACUUGUCAAAGUGUUUCAGUACAAAACUUAAAUCAUAUGUAUAAACCAUAAACAUGACUGUGCAGAUCUUAAUAUCAAUUAACUUCUGAGAGAAUGACUCUAAUUUGUAACUAGAAGAAAAUGAUACAAGUUAACAAAAAGAAUUCAUAUUGUUUGACUUAGUAUAAAAAAGCAAUAAAGAACACAAAUAUUUUACACUAUUAUCCAAGUAAAAUUGACAAAUUCCUUCUUCCUAUGUAUUGUUGUUGUAUAUCACUGUGGAGCAUAUUAAAUCAUACAAAGCUUAUAUUACUCCUCUCUUCUGUUCCAACAGGAUCAAAUUUAUUUAUUAUCUUGAAAUAUCAUUUCAUAAAACUGUUCAUCACAACACUGAUGUGAUAUCAUUCCUUUGCAAAGGUUUGACCUUUGACAGACUUAGAUACAUGUGAUAUCGUGAAAAACAAGUAUCUUUAUAAACAUCAGAUAGUUGUACAGAUUAUAUUACUACAGAUUAGAAAAUUUAACAACAGAGUUUCCUCAGUCUAUUGAAAGAUUGCUAUUUGAUUUAAUUUCAUCUAAAACAAAACAGUUUACUAGUUUACAAGAUAAACAAAAAUUAUUUUGGAUUUUAAACUGUGAAGAAUUAGAUAUAUUAAACUCUCUUGGUAAAUUUUUAAAAAAGGCAUUGCCUUAAUUUGUAUUUCCUAGUCAAAUAUUGGUUUUGAACUUUUCAAUUAUAUGAUAAACUAUUUCAAAUUUGUAUGUACAUUUGUAUUUUGACAUAAUGUAUGGUGUUUAACAUAAAUAUAUAGAAGACACUGUAUUGAAUGUAUAGAAACAUACAUAUACUAAAUAAAUCAAAUGUUCAUGUCUGUCCUAGCUCUUUCAAUCAUCCAACUCUUUCCAUCUUGUACAUGUUUAUUGAAUGUUUUAUGUACAUUCGAUGUUGUAUGUAGUUUCCAUGUUGCCCAUUGAGGGCCCUUAAUUGGUUAAUAAAGAAAUUGAAAUUGAAUUGUAUUCUUCAUCACGCAAACUAUCUUAGGUAAAUCAUUUUAUAUAUAUGACAACUCAACAAAAGAAGUCGAAAG